UCUCCUUUUGUCGUCCAAUCAGAGGCCGUGCUGAGUCACGGUAGGUUUCAGCGUAGAAACAGAGAAGUGCUUCUGUCACUUAUUAAGCUUGUUGACAAAGAGCAUCAUGGGUAAAAAGAGUCGAGUCAAGACUCAGAAGUCUGGUUCAGGAGGAGCCAGCGCCGCCGUUUCUCCUAAAGAGAUGAUGAACCUGAUCUCUGAGCUGCUGCAGAAAUGCAGCAGUGCAGCCUCCUCUGGUAAAGAGUGGGAGGAGUAUGUCCAGAUCCGAGGCCUGGUGGAGAAAAUCCGCAAGAAACAGAAAGGCCUGUCGGUGGUGUUCGACGGCAGCAGAGAGGAGUAUUUCUCAGACCUGAUGGCGUGGGCUCAGGAGAACGGAGGACCCUCUGAAGGAUUCUGUGUCUCAGACUUUGGAUCAGAGGGGUACGGACUGAAGGCCACCAGAGACAUCAAGGCAGAGGAGCUGUUCCUGUGGGUUCCCAGGAAGAUGCUGAUGACGGUGGAGUCUGCUCAGAACUCUGUGCUGGGUCCUCUGCACAGUCAGGACAGGAUCCUGCAGGCGAUGGAGAACGUGACGUUGGCGUUCCACCUGCUUUGCGAGCGCGCUGACCCGUCUUCACCGUGGAUGCCGUACAUCCACAGUCUCCCUCAGGAGUACGACACACCGCUCUACUUUCAGCAGGAGGAGGUGCAGCUGCUGCUGGGAACUCAGGCCAUCCAGGACGUCUUGAGCCAGUACAAGAACACCGCGAGACAAUAUGCGUACUUCUACAAACUGCUGCAGGUACGAACACACAAACAGUCGUGA